AUGGCAACAACUGCGCUGCUCAUCGAAGCCAGUCCGUUGAAAUUGAAGCAGCAAGGCACCCUCUUACGCACUUUUCGUCUUCUACCUUCAAAACCAUUUAAAUUCAGCUCUCAACGUUGUUUUGCUCCUAGUCUUAAACCACCACCUCAUCGUUAUUCUCUGUCUCGGUGCCUAGAUGUUUGCAAAGAUAAACGAGCAGCAGCAGCAAGCACUGAUUUCAGUAGGUUAUGGGGUGAGUGUCUUAAGGCAUUGAGGAAACCGGCAACGGCUGCCGUGCUAUUGGGUUUGUUGGUCAUGCACAACCCCAACUUACCGGCCCUGGCUGCUCCGGUGGUGGGUCGGGUUGGUGCAAGGUGGACAUCCAACAUUACGACCCGGUCCUACUAUCUAUGGGAAGGUUCUUCAACCGAAAUCAAAACCCGCCACGAAGAAUUCCAUGAACCCAUUUGGGACUUGGGACCCAUUUUUCUAUACUGCCUGGGUCUAUUUUUUCUCAGCCUUUUGCCUUUCCCCGACCUUGUGCUGAGUGUAUUGGUCUUUUCGUGGACGAUGGUUAUGUUAAAUUGUCGUCUUAUAUGUCAUACAAGUGUUGUCAAGCUCCAGCUUCAGCUUAAAUUGUCGAACACAGGGCAAAUGGAUCUUAAUCGGAUCGCUGAAACUGCAGAACCAAAAACGUUUGAGGGUUUGAGAUAUGUUUUGAGAGAUACAGCAAUAGCUCUACUUCGGCAACCUGAUUAUUGCAUUUCCCGUUGCACAUAUGUGAUUAUACCGAAGUUCACUAGAGCGGCUGCGCUGCAAUGCUUUGAUACACUUGUUGUCAGAGAGAGGGCUGGAUGUGAUGGAUGA